UUGGCGAAACGAUCCUUGCAUGGUUGUUUAUUUGCAAAGUUUGUACCCUGCCUAUUUACCUAUUAUAUAUCUGUUAUUAUAUCUCUGAUCUCUAGCUAGCUAUACUUCUCGAUUUGAUCUGCUGACUUAGUGAUGGGUCAGUACCAGGCUCGACCUUCCAAGAGUGAAACUGAUCUUGAGGCUCGGGAAGGUGAGUUUGACAUUCGAAUCUCAGACCGCACUACCGGGGAUGCUGAUGUGGAUGAGCAGCCAAUCAAGGAUGACCCUGUGUUCGGAUCUCCUAUUGAUACUGGGAGUUACUUGGCUACGUUGGGAAGCUCAUCUUCUACCACUCCAGAGGUGUCUCCACAAAAGUAUACUGAGCCACAGUCAAUAGCCAGGACAGAGCGUAUAACGCUGAAACCAAAAGAAAGAAUGAUCCCGUUUGUUUUUCGUUGGGACAACGGCGGUGAGGAGGUGUAUUUGUGUGGAAGUUUUAACAACUGGGAGACAAAAAUACCCCUGAAUCACAGCCAAGGUGAUUUGACAGCCAUUGUUGAACUGCCUCUAGGCCAUUAUGAGUACAAGUUUGUUGCAGAUGGUCAGUGGGUACAUGAUCCUAAUGAGAUUUCUGUGGACAAUGGUUUGGGAAGUCGUAACAAUGUAGUGACUGUGGACCAGAAGCACUUCGAUGCUUACUAUGAAACAUGGGAUUUGCUGGAAAAGGGAGAAUCCAGUCCUCCAGGUUCCUACUCUCAAAGCAUGCCAUCUCGCAGUGUUGCAUCUGGCCUACCCCCACUACUUCCUCCCCUGCUUCAACAGACCAUUCUCAACCAGGAGCAGCCUAUUGGGGAAGACUCCAUAAUUUUGUCCGAGCCCAACCACGUCAUUCUUAAUCAUCUUUAUGCCUUAUCCAUUAAGGACAAUGUACUCGUACUAGCCGCCACUCAUCGCUACAAAGAAAAGUUUGUAACAACACUCACAUAUAAACCGGUGUUAGCUUAGUAUUAUUAGUGUUGUCUGAACUGUCAACUAAUAAUUAUAUACAUUGUUAAUUGUCUA